UGCUGUUGUCAUGUGCACUGUUAGUUUGUGUGUGUUACUCAUCGGGGGGGGGGGAGUGAUUUGUGUCACGGUCUGCUCUCCACUAAUGUCCACGCGGACUAACACCGCUAGCUGUUUUCCAUCCAGACGGACCAGUGUGUGCAGCUAAUGUUAGCCGCUCCGCUAAGUGACGCGGGGCGCCUCCGCUCACAUCAGAUACGUCCAGAAAACCAGCCCCACAAAUCACUGACAUGCACAUCGUCCGUGAAGACUGAUCCAGUCACUUGUGAGAACCUGUCACCGGCAGCGCGCACACACACACACACGCGCGCUGUUACCGCGAGGCUGCAGGUUUCUAGAUCGCCAGGAUGAAUCCUCAGCAGCGGAUUGCCGCGCUUGGAACAGACAAGGAAUUAAGUGACCUGCUGGAUUUCAGUGCGAUGUUCUCUCCACCUGUAAGCAGAGGGAAAAACAGGCCCACCACUCUUGGAAGCAGUCAGUUCAGUGCAUCAGGUAUGGAUGAGCGGACCAGCCAAGCAUCCUGGGCCCCAGGUGGCGAGUCAAGUCCUCCCUAUGAGACCUCCCGGGGUUUCGCAGACAGCCCUCAUUACGGCGAUCAUUUGAGUGACAGUCGAUUAGUGUCCCAUGAAGGAUUGUCUCCAACACCUUUUAUGAACUCAAACGUAAUGGGUAAAUCAGAGAGGGCUUCAUUUCUUGGCUUUGGGAGAGAAACUGGAGCAUCUGGCUCCCAGUCUUCUCUAAGGUCGGACGUUGGGUUGGCAAGUCCUAGUUCGGUUGCUCCAUCUGGGAAGUCAGCUGCUCCGUUCUACUCCUUCACUGGGGCCAAUCCCAGAAGACGUUCUCUACAAGAUCCACCACCAGUUGAUCCUCUACAAACAAAAAAGGUUCGCAAGGUCCCUCCUGGCCUGCCUUCAUCUGUGAGUGGAAGAUCAUCUACCUCUCAUAUAAAUAGAUUUCACACGAGGGUGGUGUUGAGAUGUGUCGGGACGAAGGCGCACCUGGAGCCAGUGCUACUUCGCCGGAGGCAGCUGUGUGAAGAGCCUGUAGCGUACCUGUAA